AUGGAGAACCAGACCAAAGACAACGAGCCAGCGCCCUCAUACGCGGAUAUCUUCCAGAACCCUACGAAUAUCUUCUCGGGUGUACGUGUCCCAACUCUCCAAGUUCCUUCGUUCCAUGUUGGUUAUACCCGCGUAAACCAAGAGUCUGACGCCGAAGCAGGCGACAUUCACAAUCACGGUGAUGGCGCCAUUCCUCUAAACCCCAGACCGGUGGAUGGUCAAGCGCACGUCCAUUGCGAAGUCUGUGAUAGACAGAUGGAUAGGCGGGAGAAGGCGAAGCAUCAGCAAUAUACGUGUCAUGUUGUGUCGAGGACAUUUAUCCUGAUCACUUUGUUCAUGAUGAUUUUCGGGAUCGUCGCGGUUACGACGGCUCAUAAGAGAAGGAAGGGUGAUGGUGGUGCUUGA